AUGGGAAAUGAUGAUAUACGGCAUGAAUUACAUCCGUUUAAAGAGAUUAGCAUUGGUGCCAUAUCUGGUAUGAUUGGUAAAUUAGUUGAAUUUCCAUUUGAUACUAUAAAAGUACGAUUACAAUCAAAUCAUCAUCCACCAAUUUCCACGUUUCAAAUGAUCAAACAAACAUUCACUCAAGAAGGUGUAAUCAAUGGGUUUUAUAAAGGAUUAAAAGCACCAUUAGUUGGAGCAUGUUUAGAAACGUCAAUUUUAUUUACAUGUUAUAAUUUUUCAAAUGUUUACUUAACCAAAUCAUUUCAUCUAAGUGAUGACAAUUUUGCAGUUAAAUGUUUAAGUGGUGCAUUUGCAGGAUUUGCAGCAAGUUUCAUAUUGACACCUAUUGAAUUAGUCAAAUGUCAGUUACAAGUAUCAAAUUUAGUAACUAGGACAGGUUCCACUAAUAUUCAUACUUAUUCGACUAUUAUAAUGAAAAUCUUGAAUGAAAAGGGUAUAAUCGGAUUAUUUCAUGGAUUGGAGUCGACUAUAGUUAGAGAAGUGUUUGGCACAUCAAUAUGGUUUGGUACUUAUGAAUACAUUAAUCAGUAUUAUAGAAACACUAAGGAUACAUAUAUUAAAAAUGAGAGUUUACGAUUGUUAAUAAGCGGAGCUAUGGCUGGUUUAACUUUUAAUUUAUCAGUAUUUCCCAUAGAUACAAUAAAAUCUAAUAUUCAAACUUUUGAUUUAAGGAACCAUGGUAAGCCAAAGUUAAACAGUUGGCAAAUUACGAAAUACAUUUUAUCAAAACCUGGUGGAUUCAAAAAUUUAUAUAAUGGAUUGGGCAUAACUUUGAUAAGAUCGAUCCCGGCAAACGCUAUCAUAUUUUAUUCUUACGAAGUUUUGAAACAGAAUAUAUGA